UAGCCGACCACUCAACUACGACCACAGUUGUCUGAGAAGUUUUUAACCGGAUACAGGCCAGUGGGUUUCUCGGACACUAUAGUGAGAUAUAGACUAGCCUACCCGAAGCGUCGUGCAAGAAUUUGAUAUUUACGAUGUGAGACGCGUAAAUAGAUUUUCCGGAUAUUUUGGUUAGGUGGUCUUCACAGAUUUACGCAUAGUACUCUGUAUUAACUUUUUAAAUUCGCUCCAGCACAGUGCCGGUUCGAUAACGUGACGCUUCGUUUACCCAAAAACUUUCAAACGUGAAGUUGGAGAGAAUAGUCGAUUAGAGAGAGUCAGCAAAAUAUUUUCUCUUUCAAAAUGAUUACUUUAAAAACGUAUUUUUACCGCCAGCGCAUCAAGCGGUAGCAAAGGUAACAAUUAGUAUUCGUUUAACAAAGGGUUCCAACACUUGUAAUGGCUACGACGACUCUCAGAUUGUCCUUAUAAACAAAAAAUACAGACAUAGCCUGCUUGGCAGGUCCUGUGUGUAUAUCCGCAACAAAACAUACCCGGAAUAUCCACAAAUUCCUGUAAGAUGGCUCCACCUGUAUUCCUCCUGUCCAUGCUAUUGACUACAGUUCCCACGAUUCUCUGCUACCCAAGCUCUUUCAUGGAUCUCGAGGACAAGGCUCGUAACAAGUCCUCAAUCCGGUUCCUGGCGAUUGGGGACUGGGGCGGGCUGCCCAACCCCCCGUACAUCACCCCAAUCGAGAAGGCUACAGCACAGGAGAUGGGCAAGGUUGCCCAGCAGCUGGGAGCUGAUUUUGUGCUGGCUCUGGGAGACAACUUCUACUACAAGGGGGUGAACAGCGUGCAUGACCCCAGGUUCCAGGACACCUUUGAGAACAUCUUCACCGCGGACUCCCUGAACAUCCCAUGGUACGUUGUCGCUGGCAACCAUGACCACGCGGGGAACGUGAAGGCUCAAAUUGAGUACAGCAGGCUGUCUGAGAGAUGGCGCUUCCCCAACUACUAUUACGAGCUCAACUUCCGCGUUCCGCGCACGGGCAGCACCCUGACCAUCCUGAUGGUGGACACGGUGCUGCUGUGCGGGAACUCCGAUGACUACGAGGACCAGAAGCCCCGGGGGCCGGUGAGCGCCGUGGAGGCCAAUCGGCAGCUGCAGUGGAUCCAGAAGAGGCUGGAGAGAUCCAAGGCCGACUUCCUGCUGGUGGCGGGACACUACCCUGUGUGGUCCGUGUCCGAGCACGGCCCCACGGAAUGCCUGCUGAGGCAACUGCGCCCUCUGCUGGUCAAACACCAGGCCACCGCUUACCUCUGCGGUCACGAUCACAACCUUCAGUACCUGCAGGAGUCGGGGGUGGGCUACGUGGUCAGCGGUGCGGGGAACUUCAUGGAGGCAGACAUGACUCACAGGCACCACGUCCCCCGCGGCUCCCUCAAGUUCUUCACCGGGGCCGCGUCCACCAUGGGCGGCUUCGUGCACGCGGAGGUCACCAAGAAGCGCAUGGACCUCACCUUCUACCAGGCCAGGGGCACCUCGCUGUACCAGUCACGGCGACAUGACCGCGCGAGCAGGGCCGUCUGA